UAGUCAUUUUUAUAAUUACCGAUAAUGGGAUUAGGUUUUCGAAUGAAGAUACCAUUGAUUAUUAUAUCCGUUUUCCUUCUCUGGCAGUCAUCAAAAGUUUGGCUGAGUUUCACGCAGAAGAAAUCUGACAUAGAAGCACAGCUUCAGAACAACCAACUGGUAACAUCAAGCCAAAAAGAUGAGUGGAUUCAACAGAAGGUUCAUAUAGCGGUGUAUUACGAGGCAUUAUGUCCAGAUUCACGUAAUUUCUUCAUUAAACAGUUGUUGCCAACAUAUCACAAGAUUCCAGACAAUGUACAAAUGGAAUUAAUACCUUACGGAAAAGCUACAACAGUGAAAAUAGAUCAUGGUUACAAAUUCACGUGCCAGCAUGGACCUAUUGAGUGUAAUGCAAAUAUUAUUCAUGCAUGUUCUAUAGAUAUUCUAAAGAAUUCAUCCAUUCAAUUAGAGUAUUUAUCUUGUAUGAUUAAACAUAAUAUAGAACCAGUGAAUAUCAUGAAAAUUUGUGCGCAGAAGAUGAAUGUAGAUUAUAAUCCAAUUUUGGAAUGUUUCACUGGGCAAUUAGGCCAAGAACUUCUAGCUAAAUAUGGAGAACAAACAAAUUCUUUAACACCAAAAGUUUCGUUUAUACCAACUGUGAUACUGGAUGGGAAUUCAGAGAACCAAGCAAGGAUACUAAAAAAUUUGCUGCAGGAAGUGUGCCGACAUCUUAAAGUCAUGCCAGAGGGUUGUAAAUUGUAAAACUUUGUUGAAUAUUCGUAAAACAUAUCUCUUUAAUAGAUAUGCAUGAAAUACAAUA